AUGGCAACGGCCAAAUUCCUUUCGGAUGAAUUUGCCCUUAUAGCUUUGAGAAACAACAUAGUUUCUGAUCCUCACUUAAUCUUGGCCAAAAAUUGGUCCAUUUCUUCCUCUAUUUGUGAUUGGAUUGGAGUUACUUGUGACUCUAGUCGUCAAAGAGUGGUGGCCUUAAAUAUUUCUAACAUGGGCUUUGAAGGCACGAUUCCUCUACAGUUGGGAAACCUCUCAUUUCUUGUUACUCUCGACAUGAGCAACAACAGUUUUCAUGGUUAUUUGCCAGAAGGCAUGUCUCAUUUGCGUCGACUAAGUUUCAUGGCUUUAAGCAACAAUAAUCUCGCAGGAGAAAUUCCAUCAUGGUUGGGUGUCUUGGAUAGACUUCAAUACCUAUUCUUGAGAAACAAUUCUUUUGUUGGUCAUCUUCCCACUAACAUAUGCGACAAUCUUCCAAAUCUAAAAGAGCUUGAUAUGUCUUCGAAUCAGUUAAGCAGUGAAAUACUAUCAGGUUUAGCAAAUUGCUCCAGAUUGGAGUCAUUAUCUUUGUCAUUCAACUGGUUCAACGGGUCCAUGCCAAAAGAACUUGGGAGCUUAAAAAUGCUUGAGGUGCUAGAUCUUGGGUAUAACCUUGUAGAAGGUUCGAUUCCAAAUGAGAUGUUCAACAUCUCAACUCUAAGGGUAUUUGACCUUUCUGACAAUCAUUUAUCUGGCAUUCUUCCAUCAAAUAUGUGCCAUGGCCUACACAAUUUAGAAGAUAUUUCUCUUGCUGCGAAUGACUUCAGUGGAGUCAUACCUGCCUCUAUCUCAAACUGUUCGAAAUUGGCUACAAUAUCUCUUGGUGAUAACAAAUUUAGUGGUCGAAUUCCCAAUUCCAUUGGAAAUUUGAGACACCUCGAAUUAAUGUAUCUAUCUGCUAACAAUUUGACGAGUGAAUCUUCAUCUCCAGAAUUGAGCUUCUUCACUUCCCUCACAGGUUGCAUCUCUUUAAGGAUUAUCUGGGUGGCAAGCAAUCCAUUAAAUGGGAUUCUUCCGAGAUCCAUCGGAAAUCUUUCUAUUUCUGUUGAAUGGCUGGAUCUAGCGAACUGUGGAAUUAAGGGAAACAUUCCAGAUAGCAUUGGAAAUUUAAGCAAUUUAAGAUAUUUAAAUCCACGUAGCAAUAGCUUGACUGGCUCAAUUCCAACUACGAUAUGGGGUUUGCAAAAGCUUAUAGGAUUGGGUCUUCACAAUAAUUCCCUCACUGGUUCGCUCUCCGGUGAUCUCUGUGGUUUGCAGAGUUUGAAGUAUUUAUACCUAAGUCAAAAUCAGAUUAGCGGUUCAAUUCCAGGAUGUUUCAAUAGUCUUACAUCUUUGAGGUAUCUUGACAUAGCUUUCAAUAGAUUAACCUCUACUCUGCCAAUGAGCUUGUGGGAUCAUAAAGAUCUCGUGGUUGUCAACUUGUCAUCAAAUUUCUUGAGAGGACCUUUGGCUCCAGAGAUGGGAGAAUUAAAGUUUUUGACAACAUUAGACUUGUCAAACAAUCAGUUUUCAGGUAAAAUUCCCAGUACGAUAUGGAGUCUAGAGAGUUUGGACUAUCUCUCUUUAGCAAACAACAGCUUGCAAGGAUCCAUUCCAGACAACCUUUGA